AUGAGAUGGCCCCUAGUAAAUCCUUUCAGUUGGAUUAAAAAAGGGAGUAUGGACAGCAUUCCACAGGAGCAGAUUAACUCAAAUCAUCUGCAACAAGGCCUAGAAAGAGAGGCAAGUCUCCAAAAGAAUUAUGGGUACAAUGUUGGACACACAGAGUUGACUGAAAUCAAACAGUUCUUAAAAAAAAAAAAAAAAGGCAAAGUUUUCAAGAAAAUUGCAUCAUCAAAAGAACUACCAACCUGUACAAAAAGAAACUGUGACAGUUUAGGAUAUAAAAUGUCCUUUGAGUCCACACCAGAGAGUGAGUGCCUCCCUAAAUUUUGUUAA